AGUAACAGGUUACUACGGACAUAUUUAUACUGGCUGUAGUGUUGUCAACCAGUUGACAGGCACAAAUUGGGAAGGUUUUAAUUGUUUAUAUCCCCGUGGCAGCCUUCAAAUCUAAACAUGCUGGAGGAGGCAAGCAUCUACAAUCUUAUCCCAACGGAGGAGGAAAAGAAAAUCAAACAAGCAAGAUACAACUCCAAAUUUCGGGAUAAUGUGAAACAAGAAUAUGUGUCUGGUCGAGGGGACCACAAAACUAUGGGACAAGCCAAGGUGCCUGCCCCAACCACAGAUAAUUUCCUCAAGAAACGCACCAAAGAUGUCAUAUUACCAAGAGAUCUUCCCCCAGACCAACAAUUCAAGUACCCCGAUGAGGAGAGGAGGAGACCCCAAGUCCCAAGAAAAGAUGAUAAGCCCUUAAUGGGCCUGAAAACCUCCAAGAACUUCAUCACUACAAAUGCAGUCCAGAACAUUACAUCUGUCCCAAGACAACCACAGAAGGUUUACGUGGAUACCAGAGGAGGCCACAAAAAUCUCUUGGAGCCAUCAGGCUUAGAACCUGUGUACACAAACAAAAAGGAUUUUGGAGAAACACCAAAAUACUUGAUCAGGAGAAGGGAUGAAAUGCAGAGAGCACAGGAGGAGUAUGAUGCCUAUGUUGCCGAGCAUUUCCGUCGCGGAGCCAUGAAAUCUCUCACAGCCGACGAGAGAGCUGCAAUUCUCAAGGGACUUAAACAAAACUGGGAAGAAAUUCAUGACCAGUAUCAGGGUCUAUCAGUGGUUCCUGACACCGCCCCCAAAAAGAACAGAAAAGAACGAAUGGAAGCCGAAAUGAAACAACUAGAAAGAGACAUUGAAACCGUUGAAAGGCACAAAAUCAUCUACAUAGCAAAUUAAGUGAGAAAAGUAACUAAUUUUAAUCUAUGUCCACCCUAUUUAUGUUUUGAAGAAAAUUCUGUACAUUAAGCAUUUGCCUAAGGAAUUUCAUGACAUCAAUGAGAACCUCAAAAGUGGAAAACAAUUUUUAUAAAAGCUAUUUUAGUUUGAUGUCAAAUUUAACUUAGUCAUCAGAGUAUUAUGAGCAAGUUUACCUGAUCAAUUAUAUUUAUCAUUGCUGAACAUAAAUAAUCUUGGUUUUUCCACAAAUGUACUUAAAAAGGUACGUUCUUAUCUUAAGAAAAAAAAAUGUUAAAACAUAUAUAUUACUGUUUAUGUUGAAUUGAUAUAAACUGAAAUAAAUCAAAUAAUCCUUAUUCAU